CAUCCCUGUGGAACACUUUAGACACCUUGUAGAGUCCAUGCCCCAACCAUGUGAGGCUGUUCUGAGGGCAACAGGGGGGUGGGGAUGCAACUCAAUAUUAGAAACUGGUUCCUAAUGUUCGGUCUAGUCAGUGUAGAUGUGCCGAAACAUUUCAGAACAAAUAUCGAAGAAACAACAUUUGAUGGGUCUGGAAAGCACAAAAAUAAGUGAAGAAAAAGUCAAGGGAAAAUGUAAACAGGAAGAGAAAGACAGGUGAUACUCAGACUAGUAGAUUCCCUCAUAAAAUGUCCCCUUAUUAACACCACGUGAUGGUGAUAUGACAGUAUGUUACCGCAGAGGGACUUGAAGCUGUGCAGAGUACAAUAACUCCUGCCCUGUGACAGGGUUGAGGUGAAUCCGGGUUCUGCCUCUGUUCCUCAUCCUUCGUUCAACGGGAAGGGGAGGGACAGCAUUUCUGGAAAUGUACUGGAGUCUGGAAUGAUGGACUAUUAUUGGUCCAAGGUUUCUAUGUAAAGCGCCAAUCAAUAGACGUUUUGGUAAAAGUGGUUCAAGUGCUUCGUAGACAGACAGGGGCUACCAACAAGGCUUGCUGGUUACUGUAUAGUAUACUGCAACAGCAUAGUCUCCUACAAAACCAAACUGGAAACAAGAAACACACCUACCUAUACUUUGAGAGGGCUAUAGCAGUCAGGUUAUCUACGAAUACAAAUCAGUCCCUCCUCUCCAAAAGAGCACAAUGAUUUAUUAGAAAAAUACUGAUUCAGAUUGGCAUGAUCCAGCUCUGCAAUCACAGCUGUAUGGCUGUGGGACAGAAUAACACUGUGGUUGUCAUGUCAAUCUCUCAGCUCAAUGUCCCUCAGCCACAACAAACAGAUUAACACAUUUACAAAAGAUUGGAAGUAAUUGAAAAAACAUUUGGCCAAGAGUGCUUUGAUCCACAACAGGCCACAGGGUUCAGCAUGUGGAGAACAUGGAGCUGACAGGUCCAAGCCACAGGGUUCAGCAUGUGGAGAACAUGGAGCUGACAGGUCCAAGCCACAGGGUUCAGCAUGUGGAGAACAUGGAGGUGACAGGUCCAAGCCACAGGGUUCAGCAUGUGGAGAACAUGGAGGUGACAGGUCCAAGCCACAGGGUUCAGCAUGUGGAGAACAUGGAGGUGACAGGUCCAAGCCACAGGGUUCAGCAUGUGGAGAACAUGGAGGUGACAGGUCCAAGCCACAGGGUUCAGCAUGUGGAAAAAAUGGAGGUGACAGGUCCAAGCCACAGGGUUCAGCAUGUGGAGAACAUGGAGGUGACAGGUCCAAGCCACAGGGUUCAGCAUGUGGAGAACAUGGAGGUGACAGGUCCAAGCCACAGGGUUCAGCAUGUAGAGAACAUGGAGGUGACAGGUCCAAGCCACAGGGUUCAGCAUGUGAAGAACAUGGAGGUGACAGGUCCAAGCCACAGGGUUCAGCAUGUGGAGAACAUGGAGGUGACAGGUCCAAGCCACAGGGUUCAGCAUGUGGAAAACAUGGAGGUGACAGGUCCAAGCCACAGGGUUCAGCAUGUGGAGAACAUGGAGGUGACAGGUCCAAGCCACAGGGUUCAGCAUGUGAAGAACAUGGAGGUGACAGGUCCAAGCCACAGGGUUCAGCAUGUGGAGAACAUGGAGGUGACAGGUCCAAGCCACAGGGUUCAGCAUGUGAAGAACAUGGAGGUGACAGGUCCAAGCCACAGGGUUCAGCAUGUGGAGAACAUGGAGGUGACAGGUCCAAGCCACAGGGUUCAGCAUGUGGAGAACAUGGAGGUGACAGGUCCAAGCCACAGGGUUCAGCAUGUGGAAAACAUGGAGGUGACAGGUCCAAGCCACAGGGUUCAGCAUGUGGAGAACAUGGAGGUGACAGGUCCAAGCCACAGGGUUCAGCAUGUGGAGAACAUGGAGGUGACAGGUCCAGCGUAGCAGAGAGUGGGGAGUAUGUGGAUAUAUAUUACUGGUCAUCAU